GGUGACAGUGCCUUGAAGCUACUUACUCCUGAUCUCAAUAAUCUAUCAUCACAAAUGCCUAAACGCAAGACGCGUGAAGACACUGACGCUGUCACUGAGGCUUCUCCUCCAAAGCGCGUCACCAGAGCCAACAUUCAACAGAACGAUUCUGGACUCGCUGCACCAUCAACUCGGUCCAAGUCUAGUAACUCUCCGAAGAAAGUUAUCCAGCAGGGUAGCAAAAGCUUCCAAGCUGAUUCACAACUGGAUGGGACAGUGCAAUCUGCACGCCCCUCACGAACCCGCAUGACACAGCCGGCUGCCAGGCAGUCACCCCUCAAGAAGACCGACACUUCGUCACCUUCAAAAAGGAAUGGAAAACAGAACGUCGACUCGAUAACGAGUUCUCACAAGCAGGGAGAACCUGAAAACUCUGAUGACGCAGACGAGCUGAAUCUGUCUCCCCCCAAACUGCCGGUCAAUUGCACAACGCCUCCGCCCAGAUCUCAAGUUGGACGCGUCCUUCUGCAUUUUGUAGAAAUUACGACGCCUAGAUCAUUCCCAAAGCUUGCUUUUACGGCCUCACCUGCGCCUAAUACGCGACAACCCCCUGCUAAGACACCUACCACAAACACGGGUGUUGCAUAUCACGUACCAGAACUAGCUGUUCCAUCGCCAAGCCGUCCUUCAGCCCCUCAAAAUGACCUGCUUUCAAAGACCUCACCUCAACAAAUCAAUCAACUUCCGAAUGCAACGAGUAGGGAUAGGCUACAGCCGACGUCUGCCAAUAAAGAUCAACCUGCAGCUUCUAGACCUCAGUCACCUUCCCGCAUUCCUCGUAAUCUCCCCUCUCAUCUCAGCAUAUGCCUCCGUCUACAGAAGCGCGCUAUGCUAUUGGAACUACAAAAAUGUAGUAUGGAAUUCGACGAGGACGCUAGCCUUGGCCUUACCAACAUGAUAGCCUGUCAACAACUAAAAGAUCUGCUUGCAGGAACUGUCACUCGUGGGGAGGGCAAUAGUUGUUUUGUCCUAGGACCACGUGGCAGCGGAAAGACUGCUAUUGUAGAUCGAGCUAUCGCGUCCCUGAACCAGACUCCGAUUGUCAUCAAGCUUUCGGGUCAUACCGAACUAAACGAUCACCUCGCACUACGAGAGAUCGCGCGACAGCUCUCUCUCCAAACAGGCAAAACCUACCUCGGUGAACUUAAUAAUGACGAUGACCAAGAUGAUGAUGACAAUCCUUUCCUGGACGCCGGCCCAAGCAUCGACAUCCCUCCCCCGUCCCAUCUCCCCGCGUUGGUAUCAGCCUUGACCACGCUUUCGCGGCCAGUGGUAGUCAUUUUAGACGCCUUCGACCUCUUCGCGUUACAUGCUCGGCAGGCACUCCUUUACUGCUUACUGGAUACUGCGCAAAGCUGUAGAGUCGGUCAAGGACACAAUGGCAUUGCAGUCAUUGGGGUAAGUACCAGGAUAGAUACAAUCAACCUUUUGGAGAAAAGGGUCAAGAGCAGGUUCUCUGGGCGGAUGUUACGUACCGCUGCUCCGAUAGAGCUGUCAUUUUGGAUGAAGCUUAUAGAACGAGUGUUACGGGCCCGAAUUGAAACCCCCGAGGAAGAGUGGGAGCCGUUAUGGACUCUGGCUAUCGACAGUUUUAUCGCAGAUCGGAAAGUGCUCGAACAAAUUCAAGAAACUGUUGCUGUUACGCACGACAUUAGGGUCCUUCAACGAAUCUUGGUUGGUAUUGUCGCUGCACUAGCUCCUUCGUCUCCGUUUCCCACUUUUGCGCAGCUCUCAUCAGCAGUACAUGCACAACGUAUACGUGAUCCAUUCCCUCACUUAAGCACAUUGCCGUACCCCUCGAUCUGUCUUCUUAUAGCUGCCGUGCAUGCUCAUACUGCUGGCCAUGACGCAGUAACCUUCGAAAUGCUUUAUGACGCUUUCCGUGAGCAAUACCGUGCUUCGGCAGCGGCCCCGAUCCAGGUUGCAGGAGGAAGCAUUGGCGUGUCCCGGUGUACCCGGGAAGUUCUGAUGAGGGGGUUCGAGCACCUGAUUGGUGAAAAAAUAUUCAUAUGCGUAGCUGCCUCAUCUACGAGCAUCGCUCCAGGAUUCGCUCGAUAUCGAAGUGCUUUGACCUGGGAUGAUGUCAAAAGGGCAGUCGACAAGAUGGGUAAAACGAGCUUGAAGAAGUGGCUCACAAAAGCGCAAUAAGUUCGUGACGUGGCUGCAUAGCUUUAUUCGCCAUUUAGAGUAUGGAUCAAUCGAGA